AUCACCUGUAAGCACAUCAAGAAAACUUUUGAUAAACUUGCUUUCAGAGUUCAAAUCUUUGAAGUGACUGAAAUGGAGGGACAGAAAAAGAGGCUAGCUGUUUUGGUUGGGUGCAAUUACCCAAACACUUCCAACGAAUUGCAUGGCUGCAUAAACGAUGUGUUAGCCAUGCGGGACAUGCUAGUGAAAAACUUUGGGUUUGAUCCCAAAAACAUUGAGCUCCUCAUUGAUGCACCUGGCUCUUCAUCAGCUAUGCCAACUGGUGCCAACAUUAAGCAUGCACUAGCACGCAUGGUUGAUCGAGCUGAAGCAGGGGAUGUGCUCUAUUUUCACUAUAGUGGACAUGGAACCAGGAUCCCUUCCAAGAAACAUGGCCAUCCCUUCCACCAAGAGGAAGCUAUUUUGCCUUGUGACUUCAAUCUCAUCACUGAUUUGGACUUCAGGCAACUAGUGAAUCGGCUGCCAAAGGAAGCAAGCUUCACAAUUCUCUCAGACUCAUGCCAUAGUGGUGGCCUCAUUGACAAAGAGAAGGAACAGAUUGGACCAUCCUCAGUGGUUUCCAAAAAUACCACAUUGAAACAAAGUUAUAGCCCCAAGACAAUACCCUUCGAGUCCAUAAUGCAACACCUCUCAUCAUUAACAAAAAUAAACACCACAGACAUUGGGACUCAUAUGCUAGAGUUCUUUGGCUCCGAAGCCAGUUUGAGGUUUAGGUUGCCAUUGCUUGAUCUUGAUUUGUUCGAACCUUUGAGGCCUGAUGAGGGGAUUCUGUUAAGUGGUUGCCAAGCUGAUGAAACCUCUGCAGACAUGAACCCAAAUAUGGGUGGGGGAAAGGCAUAUGGAGCAUUUAGCAAUGCAGUUCAGAUGGUGUUAAAGGAUAACCCGAGUAAGCUAAGCAAUAGAGAGGUUGUGAUGAUGGCAAGGAAGAUCCUACAAGGACAAGGAUUUGAGCAACAUCCUUGCCUUUACUGCAGUGAUGAGAAUGCUAAUGCUACCUUCUUGUGGCAAAGUCAGAACUCAGAUUUAUGAGAAGCAUUUCUGAGUGCAGAG